ACUGAUAGCAACACUUUUGUACUCACUCACUCAUCAGCAGACUGAGAAUUCUCUCUUCAUUGAGGCUAAGAUGAAUGCUAUAAUGGACUCCUUGCAGGGUUUUGGGGUGAGCACUACCCACUACCUGCAGACCAACUAUCAGGAUGCUCAGGGCUUGUUUCUCUGGGUCUCCUGGGCUGCAGACCUGAGAAACACCUUCUUCAUCUUUUUCCCGCUUUGGUUUCAUUUGCGGUCUUCAGUGGGCAUUAAGCUCAUCUGGGUGGCGGUGAUCGGAGACUGGCUUAACUUGGUGUUCAAAUGGAUCCUGUUUGGUGAGAGACCUUACUGGUGGGUCCACGAGGCAUCUUAUUAUGCAAACACAGUUCCCCCUCACAUUGAGCAGUACCCCAUGACCUGUGAGACUGGACCAGGUAGCCCGUCGGGCCAUGCUAUGGGAGCUGCAGGCGUCUACUACACCCUGGUGACCUCCAUCCUCGCCAUCAUGACCAGCAAGAAGAAAUACGGAACCAAGAAACCCACCAACAAAGAAUGGUAUCUGAAGGCUGGUUUGUGGACACUGUUUUGGGGCGUCCAGGUGUGUGUCUGUCUCUCCAGGGUCUUCAUUGCCGCCCACUUCCCCCACCAGGUCAUUGCUGGUGUUAUCACAGGUAUGAUUGUGGCUGAAGCCUUCAACAGAAUUCAGUGGAUCUACAGCGCCAGCAUGAAGAAAUACUUCUACACAACCCUCUUCUUGACCUCCUUUGCUGUUGGUUUCUACCUCCUGCUCAAAGCUCUGGGUGUGGACCUGCUGUGGACCCUGGAAAAAGCCCAGAAGUGGUGUGUGAAAGCAGAGUGGGUCCACCUGGACUCCACGCCCUUCGCCAGCCUCCUGCGCAACAUGGGCACUCUGUUUGGUCUGGGUCUGGGCCUGCACUCGCCCCUCUACACCGAGACCAAGAAGAGUAGCAGCAGGUUGGUCAAAGCAGGGUCCAUCAUCAGCUCUCUGGUGCUGCUGCACCUGUUUGACUCUUUCAAGCCUCCCACGCACACUGCAGCCCUGUUCUACCUGCUGUCCUUCUGCAAGAGCGCCACCGUGCCUCUGGUCACCGUUAGUAUCAUCCCAUACUGCUUGAACGGAGCUCUGAGCAUUCAAAACAAGAAGGGAGUGUGAGCAGUGAACUUAUACAGACUCAUGAAAUGGAAGUGAACUUUCCUCUGGUGCUUUUUGCAUUUGUAUGUGCGACUGAUCCUCAGGAAAAACCUGUGAGAUCAAUGUGAAAUUGUCACUGGUGUCAUUUGGACACUGAACUCUGUGAGCACUGUGUGACAUGAUGUGAAAACGCUAUCCAGGAUGCCAAGAGGCACUUACAAAGAAUUCAGCAAAAUAUGAUAAUUACAAUUGUUUCAAAGGAUAAACAAUGAACACAUUGUUUAUGUGUUAAACCUCACUUUAAAGACGAUAACAGUCACUCACAACUGUCUUAUAUUAUGUGGAAUGUAAUGUAUUUUAAAUGUUAUAGAAAGUAUAUUU